CCAUCACUUCCCAUCACAACCGCAACAACGAUCACAACAAUGAACUUCUUCAGCAAAAAGCAAACGCCAGACCAGAUGAUGCGAUCGCAGAAUCGGGAGCUGAGGAAAGCCCAGAGGGAUGUCCAGCGAAGUCGUACUGAUAUCGAGAAACAGGAGAAACAGCUGGAGAUGGAGAUCAAGAAAGCGGCCAAAGAGGGCAACCGAGACCUCUGCGCGACUCUCGCCAAACAGUUGGUCCAAUUGAGGAAAUCCAAGACCCGUACGGUCGCCGUCGGCGCCAACAUCGGUGCCAUCGGUUCCAAGUCUAAGAUAAUUCAGGCCAACAAUAAGAUGGCUGAAGCCAUGGCCGCCACCACAAAGACUAUGGGUCAAAUGAACGCUCAAUUAAAACCGCAACAAAUCAUGAAAACAAUGCAAGACUUUGAGAAAGAAAACCAAAUGAUGUCAAUGAAGGAUGAGAUGAUUGAGGACACACUGAACGGCAUUUUGGACGAGUCGGGCGAUGAGGAGGAACAGGACGCUCUGGUCGCGCAAGUGCUCGACGAGAUCGGCAUCGAAAUCACCGGAAAGAUGGCUAACGCGCCGAUGCCUUCGCGAGAGUUGGGUUCGACAUCGAAGUCCAAAGUGUCCGACAGUGAGAUUGAGGCACAAUUGGCUAAACUCAAAAUGUAGUUACAAUGAUAUCUAGUAUUGUUUUUCAUAAGCCAUGCAAUCAAAUGAAAUGAUUUUCACCUUUUAUUUGUGUCAUUUUCACUGCUUUUUAAAUAACUUUUAAAUAAGGAAUUAUUAUAUAUUUUCAAACAUUACUUUUAAUCAAAUAUAUGGUAUGUUUUAUUUGUAUUAAACGUCAGAGCAAUGAAUGAUCACAUGAGAGGUGAAAAUCACUUGAAUUUGAGAGCAAACAAAAUAAUUUAAUAGAUUAUAAUUAAUCACACGUUUUUAUUUUUAAUAUAAUAUUUAUAUAUUUCACUCAAUUAUCACAAAAUUGUAUAUAAUUUCUUAGGUAUUCUUUCCGAUAAUAAGAUUUUAUUUUAAAUUUUUAUCGUAAAUUCAAUAGAUUUAUGAAGUAUUAAAACAAACAAAACGACUAAAUAUAAUAUAAAUGUGAAU